AUGGCGGCGGCGGGCGGGGGUGGCGCCGCGGUGUCGGUGCUGGCGCCCAGCGGGCGGCGGGUCACGGUGCGGGUGGGGCCCGGCACGGUCCUGCUCCAGGUCCUCGAGGAGGUCUGCAGGAAGCAGGGUGGCAGCCCUGGCGAGUACGGCCUGAAGUUUCAGAGGAAUGUGUUGGACCUGUCUUUGCAGUGGAGAUUUGCUAGGCUGCCCAACAAUGCCAAACUGGAGAUGGUGCCAGUCUCCAGCAGAGUGGGAGCUGGAACCACGGUUCGGAUAGCAUUACAACUAGAUGAUGGCUCCCGCUUGCAAGACACCUUCCUCUGUCAACAGACCUUAUGGGAACUUCUCAACCAUUUUGCAAGGAUCAGGGAGUUGAUGGAACAGGAUGGUGAAUUGUCUCCGGUCUGUAUUUACAUGCGGGAUGAGAUAUCAGGAAAAGAUGCCCUGGAGAGGACAACACUGAAAUCACUUGGCCUGAUUGGAGGCAAUGCCAUUAUCAGAGUUGUCAUGAAGAAAUGCAGUUCAUCUGGUGGGGAGGGUGCCACGGUGCCUUGUAAUGAGCCAACAGUGAGGCAAGGCUCCAUGGAAGAAGCAAUGGAUGUGCCACUACCUCAAGAAAACACAUUUCCAAAGGACUUGGAGCACAGGGAUGUGGCUAUAUCUUUAAACAGCUGCACACACGAGCAAGACUCGAUUAAAGAUUCUCAUGCUAGCUUGGAGGAGCUGCAGCAUUUCCCAGAGCCUGAGCCUACCCCAUUUGUCCCUUUUUUUGGAGAUGGAGAGCAUCUGGGGGACUCUCCUGUAGCUGUACCAUCUUCAAAGCUGCCAACAACUUUUUCGAGCCCUGGAGGUCCUUCUAAGCCAAAGAAGUCUAAGAGCAGCCAAGAACUGCAAAAGGAGCAAGAACAGCUUGUAGAACGUGAGCCCCUUAUAUGUCACCUAGACCUACUGGAACAACUUUCUGAUGGCCCAGAAGAGCUUCCUGAUGAAUUUUUUGAAGUCACAGUGGAUGAUGUACGGAAACGUUUGGCACAGCUGCAGAAUGAGAGGAAACGCCUGGAAGAAGCUCCACUGAUGACAAAGUCCUUGAAGGAGUCCCAGCUGAAGGAGAAGUUGGAGCGUUACCCCAAGGUGGUGGUGAGAGUUCGUUUUCCAGACCGCCACGUUCUGCAGGGCUGCUUCCAUCCCACUGAGACUGUUGGCAUUUUGAGAGACUUUGUAAGAAGCCACCUUGCCGAUGCAGAGUUGCCAUUUUACUUGUUUGUUGCACCUCCCAGAAUCAUCUUGAACGAUGAAAGUCUGACGCUGUUUGAGGCUAACCUUUUCCCAACUGCUGUGAUUCAUUUUGGAUCCGAGGAGCACAGGGCUUGUUACCUGAAAUCAGACCUGCUGAGCUCUGCAGUUUCUCCUGCUGCUGCUGAUUUAUUGGUAGCCAGAUCAUUAGUUCCUUCUGCUUCAUCAACUUUAGCAUUAGUGGUUCCAUCCCUCUCUGCACCGGAAGUGGGAAGUGACAAAGAGACCAUUGAGCAGCCAGAAGCAGCCAGCACUCAGGGAGCUCCACAAGUGCUUAGAAAAGCCCCUGGGAAAAUACCCAAAUGGCUGAAGCUUCCAGGUGGGAAGAGAUGAAGCAUCCUGGGCUGCUGGAUCACUGAGUUGUCAGCUGUGCCCUCUUCUCCAUGAACUUACUAAGAAUGUGUAAAAGGUCUUGGUGGCCCUGGAGAGAUCUAAUCUGUAUGAACAUUAGUUAUAAAAAGAGAAUGGCUAUUUCAGAUACCAGUUGCAGAUGGUGGAGGAGUGCAGGGCCUACUUGUGGUCUUUGUGACUACAGAAGCAAGGUUAGACGUUAAAUUUAAGGUUUCUUGCAUGCAAAUAAUAAGAAUAGAGAAUUAAGGGGGACAUGAUUCCUAUAUACUUUCUGCGAAGAACUUUGUUUCUAUCCAUACUUUUAAAUUCAAAUCCUCUCAGUUCCACCUUCAGAGAUCACUUGAGUCUAGCCUGUAUUCUAGUGGCAAGAUAAAAUCUAGUUCAGCUUUACCUAUAAUUGUUAAGUGGUGCCUAGAACAAGACUUCUCCCUGCUUCUUAGUGAUUAGGGUUAGUGCUGCUGAUAAUUCUGGACACAGAUGGCUGGAAAAUGAAUGAAGAGGAAGCACUUAAGUUACUUAAACCAGUUCAGAUCAGUGAACUUUCCUGUGAAGCACCUGAGCUGCUGCACUCAUUUUGUGUGCAGUUGCCAGAAUCUUGUUAACAAGGAACACAGGUGUCUGUUCAUGGAAUGCGUGUUGAGCUUGUUUCUGCCCUAAGCUCUAGCUUUAUUUUCACUGUGUAUAAUUACCAUCUGUAAUUAGUUUCAGCCAAGGAAAAAACAUCCAGUUGAAGGGUCUGUUCAAAUGACAGUUGAUUGGUGGCCUGAGUAUUCCCAGAGCAGGGUAGCUGUGCUCUGCACUGCAGUUGGUGUACAGGGAAAAGGCCCAGUCCAGAUCUUUGUCUCCUGCAGACGUGGGAGGACGAAUGUUGGUUAGAAUUGCCCUUACACUGGAGAUGCCAUGGUAGUCAUGGUGCUGGGUUUUAUUUGAAGUCUUCUCCAUGGAUCAGUGAUCUGUGGAGAGCUGGGGUUCCAUGGUACAGUAAUACCAUGUUUUCCAUUUCCCUUGUUUCCUGCCUGCACUACAUGUCCAUCUGCACAAUUUGUAGGUGUAAUAAAGCAGAGUGGCCACGGGGGCCCUUUUGGUCAGUGCCUUUAAUAUCUUCUUGCCCUGGCACUUGGUGUGUCUGUCAGUUCACAGGAACCUGGUCUCCUUUCAAUUGGCCCGUCACGCCUCGUUCCCUUCCUCCCAUUUUUUUUCAACAAAGCAAAACGGAGCUUUGUACCAUCUGAAUGAACUUCAAAGUGGCUAGAAAGGGCACCCUGGGUUCCUGGCACUUGUCAUUGUCUCCCUGCCUGGCCAACAUUUCCCUUCAGGUCUAAUUACUUCCAAAUGCUCACAGAUGCUUUGAAGAAACUUGGAGGGAGGGGGAGGCAUGAAAGAAAGGUGGAAGAAGGAGACUCAAAGCAGAAGGAGUGCAGAAUACUUUAGCAAAAAAAUUGAUUGAUUUCUUAUUUGACACCCAGACGUGAACAGGGAACGUGAGAGCGCUGUGUACAGCUCCUGCACUCAACCCUCCCUGUGGAAAGCAAGCCCUUCUGCCACUUGAUAGGCUAUAAAAGACAUACCACAGCAAACAAAAAAAAAAAAAACAAAAACAGUCAAAUAAUGUUUAAAGUUUAUUACUCUGUAGUGGAUUAAGUGUGGGCUGAGCCCACGCUGCAUAGGACUGUCGGUAUCUUGGUUCACGUGCUGUGUCGGGCUUACUCAUGUCACACAAAUCAGAAGUAGAGCUGCCUUGCUGAAUUUGUACAGGAUAUCCUGUGGGGAAACCAGGAGCUGUUGCUAAUGAUAGGUGGUGAAAUACUUGUGCUGGUGUUUUUGGUUUCCAGGAUUGGAAUAUGCAGAAGCAGUGUGGUUGGGAGGAAGUUGCAGUGUGCCUUCGGAUGUGCUAGUCCUUAUUUUUUGAAGAGCACAGGUGACAUCAAAUAUUAUGAUCUGCUUAACUGAUUUUCUUAGCUGCUCUAAUUAUGUCAGGUUUUGUAAAGGGUUAGGUCCAUAACUAUUCCCUGCAAGUACCUGACAUGGAAAAACAAGUUUAGGUACACAAGCAGCAAUAUCAGUAUUCCUGGGGCAGUUUCAUGGGUUAAGUGUAAGGGCUUUGCAUUGCUGACUGUGUUCCCUCAGGCAGUUCUGCCCAUGCUUGUCCUUUGUGUAACUCAGCUGUGCAUCAAACCCAGUUUAACCACAAGAAUGAAAAAUUGCUACCUUCAAUAGCUAGACAAGAGGUCUUAUUCCCCUUCCCUAUACAAAGAGUUACUUUUAGCUGCUGCUGUUCAGUUGCUGCUUUACUGUGGAUGUCCACAUCAGCAGUUCUCUGUGUGUUAGGAAAGGAUCUUGAGCCUUUUUAGGGCAGCAUCUUUGGGACUGCUGUUUCAGUAGGUGUCAGGGUGGAGGCAGAGACAGGGACCUGAAAUCUGGAAAAGGCAAGGAAGUAGGAGUGAAUUCUUUAAGGGGGACAGGACCCCCCCACAUUUAAAAUGGUGGGCUCUUCACUAAAGGAGGGAUUGCUACAGGGAUUCCUGCCCUGCUGAAGAGCAGUACCUGCAGAUACCUGAUGAACUGGUUUUGUUUCAGUAUCACUUCGCUAUAGUAGCUGAACUCAAACUCAUCCCUGUGGUUUUAGGGCAUUCAAAGGUAGUAUCACUUGCUUUUUUUUUUUUUUUUCCUAUUGGCUUUUUUUUUUACCAGUGGUGGUGGGGCUGAACACUGAACUAGGUCAGUUCCUUCAUUGCAUGUGUUGUACAGCUGAACAGUUGUUUUGGCUGAGAAGCUGUGGUGCUGAGGGCUGGGCACUGCUUAGGCUGGUACUGCCACAGAACGUGUACUGGAACGGCAGUUUUUGUGAGGUUUCAUGGUGGUUGGCCUGAGGGAUGACCCUGAUAGCGCCUAGCUCACAGUGCACAGUGACCCACUGAGCCUGUCACAGCUGCUCCUGAGCCAAGGACUACAGCAGGGCAGCGGCCGGAGCCCUCUGUGCAGCCAGCCCUGCACUUCCAGCAAAGCCACUCGGGCUCCUGGGUCCUGCCCACAUGUGUGAGGUUUCUUAUUUCACAGUGCCCCCCCCCGCCGCUGCCAGAGGGGCCAGGCUGUCCCGUGAUGUGGGAUUCUCACACAUGCUGUUUGUUAUUUUGUCCUUUUUUCCUUUCGUCCUACAAAGAUUUAGGGAAGAGGGUGGGUGAGGGGGAAGCUCUGCAAGUCUUUGAAGCAACUUGACUUUUGAUGAUGAAUUGCAGCAAAGAAGGAAGGGAGACUUGUUUUUAACUUACUGAUGUUUCUUUGUGAGAACAAAUUUAUAGCAGAGGGGGAGCAGCCUUUGAGGAGAAUAUUGAAUGGUUAAAAGGUUUCAAGCAUUCUUUGAUGUCACAGCCCAAGAAAUGCUGGAAGGUAGUGAGGGACACUGUUUAUUUAUAAAAUAAAGAUCAGUUACCUGCUUUUGGCAAGAGCCUGUGACUAAGCUCCUGUUAAUGACCUAUUUAUUAGGAAGGCUUGGAGCUGCACCUGGAGUUGCUGUUACAGCUGCCUGCUUGAGGCAAUGAGAGCCUGAAGGCUGGGUGGUAUUUCCAGCCAUUAAGUCUUUCCAUGCAUCUCUUCGAAGCAGCACCUCUUUCUCACAUUAGCUGAGAAAGCAACAGCUUCUUACCAUGUUGGGAAAUACAGGCCUCUGUUACAGGAGUAAGGCAGCAAGAUGGAAACCAGUUAUGUACUCAGCUGAACAAAUUAAGCCUGUGGCACCCUCUUCUCAAAAAUGGUAUCUGACAGCAUUGUUGCUUUGGGCUGUGUUGUGCUUGGUACAGGAGAGAGGAAACAGAAACAAAAUGGCAGUGGAAGAAAAAGCUGAGACUGUUUGUCCCAGAGUGUCUCUGAGGCUGAGACACAUGUCAGGCCAGGACUGUCUGCUGACAGGCGACAUGUGCUUCAGGAGGCCUCUAGAAAUCCAGAAGCUGCAAUGAAAGAGCAGCAAGCGAGUUAGGACAGAGGCUGGGUUCUCAAAACAACUCCCGAAAGGACGAGGAUUAGGCUGUUCAGCCUGUAUCCUCGUUCUGCUCCCAUGCAGUUCAGGCCCACAGUUACAUACCAGCUGUGGCAAUACUUUCUCCAGCUGUUCAAUAUCCACCUUGUUCAGGUCCUCUGCCUGGGCCUGCCGAGC